GGUUGUGUAAAUUGGUUUGGCCAUUGAUUGACCGAGGUACCAGCACCAAGAGCAAUGCUAUAUCAGAAUAGUAUUGGAUCACUUCUCCCUCUUAAGAUCUCCCCAUGAAGAACCCUAAUUCCCCAUGUGUCGACUCUGAUGUCCACGGAGGUUGUUGUAAUUUUUUAUUUUAUUUUUCCUUAUUGAAGGUUUUUAUUAUGUAAGUUAUAGUGUUUAUUACUUGCUUAUGAUCGUCCUAAAGCUUGCUUUCUCUUAGUAAAUUUUGCCGCCCAUUAAGGUGGUUCGUAGCUAGAAUAACAGGAUGAAAGAUCUAAGUUCUAUUGAAUCUUUGAUUAGAAUUAGAGCCUUCUUGAGUGGAUUCUCAAGUGAAGUCCUGCUCCUUGGUUGGAGAGGCAAACCUUAGAACCCUAAAUUUCAUUGCUCUCUUAAAUUCCAGCAACUAUCAACAACAGAAAUCUUCCUUUCCAUGAUAUAAACACUGGGCAUACAUACUUCUGUCCUCAAACACCUGAUUUGUCACACUUUAGACUAAGGAAUUAGGGGCUAAGACGAGGAUGCUCACUACUUACCUGUGUGCAUGUGCUCUUUGUACAGAUAGAUUGAUAGAAACAUGUUUCUAUCGGGUUUUUGGGUCGGGAUUGGUGUUUGGGAAUUGGGGAUUAUAGGCCAGAAUCGGGGAUUUAGGGUUGAAGAAGAUAGAAUUACGGAUUGAGAUUGGAUUUGGGGAAGAAUUGGGGAAGAACUAGAGAGAAUGGCCGGCGGCCUGAUUAGGGAGCAAAGAGAGAUUGAGAGGAUUAGAGGAGGAGAUUAGGAUUUAGGAGAUUUUAUUUAUAUUCUUCUUGAUUGAUUACCAAACGAAUAACAAAGUACACUUGUAGGAAAAGAGCGGAAAACCUAACAAUAAACCUAAUCUUAACAACCAAGUAAUGAUUUAUCCUAAUAAUUAUCCCUGAUAUUAAUAUGAUGAUUAUAGAAUAUCAAUUCACUUUUGUAUAUGAUAUACUCAGAACUUACCAGCGAAUUCAGUUUUUUAGUGUAUUGGUUUCCCGAGGAGUGCAAUUGUGAACACAUGUUGAUUUAACUCUUUUUUCCUUCUCCAACUGUAUCUGAACACAACUCAAAAGGUUGAUGCAUGACAUGGAAUGGAACAUUACUAUAGUUGUACCACUCUAUUUCCUUGUCUGGUAGUUUUCUGGUAGACCUGACUGUAUAGGCUGCGGAAAAUCUGUUUGGUGUUUUAGAUUCACAGCAAACAAGUGGGAUCAUUGCCUAAAUUCGUUAUUGUUCGAUCCCCUUCAUGCUGCAAAGUACAGGUCGAAAGAUUUUCCAGAUGUGCAUGCUCUUAUAAUGCAUACAUACAACUCAGAAAAGGCUGAAUCUCGUGUGGAUCACUUGGGUUUACACAAAGCCCUGUGUGUUUUAAUGGGAUGGAACUUCACCAAGAUUCCUGAUAGUUCAAGGGCGUACCAGUUCCUACCUGCCCAUGAAGCAGCAGCAAACCAGAACGAUGUGAUUGUGUGGCCACCUUUGGUGAUUAUUCAUAACACAGUUACAGGAAGGGGUAAAGAUGGGCGCUUGGAAGGUUUGGGAAAUAAAGUCAUGGAUGGCAAAAUAAGAGGUAUAGUGCAAACCUUCAUUCAAUCGUUCUUGUUUGUUUUGAAACAAUGUGACAUAUCAGAUCCAUGGAUUCCUUUGUUCGUGAAUGGAGGAUGGGUUGCACUGCACAAUAGUAUUCUCUGACAACCUGUUUCCUAUUCUGCACUGUUUUCGCCUUUUUGGGGGUAGGGCAGUAAAUCGAGAUUAUUGUCAUAGAACAAUCUUAUGGAAAAACGUUAUGUGCUUAUUGGGUACCCUCCUGAUAACAGUAUAGUUCAAUCUACUAAAGUGACUUGGUUGUAUCCAAGAAGGGUUUCUAUCUUUGACAAACAUCUGUAGAAGAACUUGCUUUGGAACAUUAGCAGCUCUGAAGCCGGCUACUAAAAAGUGAGCUAAACACUCAGUCCGUCUGUGCGAAGAGGCACCACUGAAGGUAGUGGUCUAAGAAGAUACCAGGAGAUUGCAGUCGGAAGAGUUGUUGGUUUCUGAGUUCUUUCCCUCCUUUUCUUUCUUUUGUUUAGUUUCUUUAGGUAUUGAGUUGCAAGCAACUCAAUAGAUAUGAUUCUGCAGCCUAAGUCUGGUUUCUAAGUAAACCUUACUGUUAAAGAAUGGAGUUGCACCGACUUUCACUCUUCAAAAAUGUUAGAACAACUUCCUUCUCAAUCUUGGUGGCCUCUCAGUUUCUUUUGGAGGAGGGGGAGUAUAUCUGACAUCCUGCUUCCAACAAUCAGGAAUAGGUUGUUUGCAUUUUGUUUUUGUUUUGGCGAGGAAUGGGUAAGGUUGUUGCUAAACAGUUCUUUUCUUCUUUAGCAAAGGGGGGUUAACACCGUUUCUUAUGUGUUAUGUCUCAACGGUCUUAUAUUCAUAUCAUGGCCGGGUUUAGGAAGCAAGCAAUUGCUUGGGCUUCUGAUGUUUUCGGGGUAACUUUCCUUCCUUUAAGCCCGUUGUCUCAGUGAACUAGAAUAGUAGCUCUUUAUCUGUCGGUCCUUAAUUGACCUUCAUGAAUAGGGUCCAACGGUAGGUUGGAACUCUAUUUUUCAGAAAUAACCAUUCAGAUGAACUCAAGUCACUGUCACAGAUAGAUUCUCUGCUCUUAGCUGUAAUAUUCUCUCUUAGCCAGUGUUUUGGUCAUGGAGUGAAUAUGCCAGUUCAGCUGUCUAAUGCAGCUACAUUAAUGAUCCUGUUAGAAUGUGCUGUGCUGUCCUGUGCCUUUUUCCUGCUACAGAUACAAGUUUGUUAAGACUUAAUACCCUAAUUUAUCUUGUUAGGGUAUGAUGAUGGGCAGAACCCAUCUCUUCAUGUCUGCCAGGCACUGAAGCUGAGUCUGACUGAACGUGGAAACUUACCGAAUACCUAGUUUCUUUUCAGAACUUAGUAUUUCUUACCGCUAAUGAGAAACUGAGUCAGAUGAAUGUUCAUAUCCUUUGAGCAAUUGAGUCAGAUCUUUUAGAGACUGAGAUCAGUUAUCGGUUGUCAACAUAUAUUCGGCUACUGAACAAAUAGAGCAGUGCUCGUUUCACAUUUGGCGGAUGCUCCUCCUGGCUUCAUUUCUUUGUAAAUGCAAUUCUAGUUUUGUUAUAUGCUGGUCAUAAUGCCAGUGCAAAUCACGUUUAUCUCUUUUCCCUUUCUGAUUUUACUUUCUAUAACAAUGUGGCUUUUCAGCUCUUGGAUUUCCAGGUGGCAAGUCCAAGUCACUGUAUGGAAGAGACGGUCAUCAAGGAAUGACGCUCGUAAAGUAUAGCGGUGACAUGUCAGGCUUGAAGGAGGCCGUGCAGCUGUCCGAUCAUUUUGCUGUGCAGAAUCAUGGACGAAUCACAUGGGAACGUAUACAACCGGUGACUUUAGGCAGGGACGACGACGAGCGGAAUCCAAACUUCGUGAAGGUGGACCAUCGCAGUGGGGAUAAGACGAGGAUUCUAUAUGGGUAUCUUGCCACAGCUGCUGAUCUUCACAGGUUGGAUUUCGAGACGCGGAGGAAGGUCACGAUUGAGAGCCUUCGAGAAUACCAGCAAGUCAGUCAUCCUCGUCCUCGAUAACAGGAUCACCCAGAGGUAACAAAGAGCUAUAUUCGAACUUUGAUAUUUAUCCCAUUUGCGAUUCUAAGGCACCGGUCUAUAAUCUGUGUGUUGGUCAAUGAUGAUCGUUGUAUUUUAUCAGAAUUUGAGGUGGUAUUUAGGAAUGACCGGAUUGCAUAGAGAGCUUCAGAUGUAUCAUCUUAAUUCAUUUCAUAAGUAAGCCUUUAGUUAGUCCUUAUCACUAAACGGGUGGUGCGUGGUGUCAGUCAGAUUCUUAAUUUUUAUAGCUCUUUCGUCCCUUACAAAGCCAGUUGUUGCAAGUAUAUAAUAUUAAAACUGCUUCUUUGCUUUCUGGGUAGUCAAGGACAAGGAGAGAAGUUGUUCUUGUGUUAGUUUUUGUUUACACAGAAAGUGAGGGUUUUGGGUUUAGACUUAAGAGGUUGAGUAUUGGAAGUAGGCUAUGUUAGCUGCUUGGUUGUGUCGAGGGAGGUUUUGGGCGGCAAAACGAUACCCUAGCUCGAACAUUAUAAGUAUUUAUGCAGGAGGUAUGUUGUACUAGAUUCAAUAUGACGUUUCGGUGAUCGAUAACAACGUAUGUGACAAAUGUGUAAAAGUUGAUCUAGUUGUCAGCUAUCAGUCAGCCAUUACAAUGAUUUUGUGUCUGUUGAUGUAAGCCGCACCUGGAAAGAUUGUUUUUGUGUGUUAGUUACUGUUGGGUGAGCGCACGUUUGGAUGGUGGGUUGUUAAUAGGAAUAGCAAUGGGGCAUGUUCGGGGCGGGUAUCUCGAUACCCAUACCUGCCCCAUGGCAGGUCGGGUCUGUCAAGAACUAGUUGGUCUCAGUAACUCGAGUUGUUGGAAAAGGUUCAAUCGUAGAUCAUAUACCACAACACUAACACGCCCCCUCAAACGAAAGCCACUCACAAGGGCUUGAAGUUUGCACAGGUAUGAAGACAAGAAUAUCAUGUGCUUAACAAAUGGGGGUCACCGGGAAUCGAACACAAGACCUCUCGGUCAUAGAAGGUUCUGAUACCAUGUCAUGAACCAGUUGAUCCAAAUAACUCUUGACAUUGUAUCGGAGCUGGUUUGGCCAAAUGGUCGUGUGUUCAAAUCUCCACGACCCCCAAUAUUAACAGUUGAUUAAAGCACAAGGUAUGGU